UUAUUAUUAUUGUAGCGUUUUUAUUUCCAGGUCAGAAACCUCAGUUUCCUGUGCGGCUUGUGUGCACUAAAGAUGGCCGGAGAUGGCGGCGCUCUGAAGGAUAUCAAUGAGAUUAAAUCCCAGUUUCGGACCAGAGAGGGCUUCUACAAGCUGCUCACCCUCUCGGACUCGCAGCAGCGGGGCGGCCUGCCGCGGGGUCCGUCCUCCGGAGCCACGCUGGGCCCAGGGGCUGGACCCGGUCCGAUACCCGGCGGAGGGGUCGGGCUGCUGCAGGGGCCCGGGGCUGCAGCCGCCGCCGCCGCCGCUGCCGCUGCCGCCGCCGCCGCCUCCUCCUCCAAUGCCGCAGCCAACUCCUCUCCUGCGGGCUUCCUGCCGCCGGUCCGGGUCUCCAUGGUCAAGCUGCAACCCGAAGACCCGAGCGAGGAGUCGGAGCGGGUGUGCUUCAACAUCGGCAGGGAGCUUUAUUUCUACACGUACACCAACAUCAAGAAGGCUGUUGAUCUCAGUAAACCCAUAGACAAAAGAAUCUACAAAGGGACGCAGCCGACGUGUCACGACUUCAACCAGUACUCGGCCACGGCGGAGAGCGUCGCUCUGAUCGUGGGCUUCUCGGCCGGACAGGUCCAGUACCUGGACCCCAUCAAGAAGGAGACCAGUAAACUCUUCAAUGAGGAGAGAUUGAUAGACAAGUCAAAGGUGACGUGUCUAAAAUGGCUUCCGAAGUCGGAGAAUCUGUUCCUGGCGUCGCACGCCAGCGGUCACCUCUACCUCUACAACGUGGAUCACCCGUGCGGCACCACGGCGCCGCAGUACUCUCUGCUGCGGCAGGGUGAGGGCUUCGCCGUCUACGCCUGCAAAACCAAGACGCCGCGCAACCCCCUGUUACGGUGGGCGGUGGGCGAGGGCGGCUUAAACGAGUUUGCCUUCUCCCCGGACGGCGUGCACGUGGCGUGCGUGGGCCAGGACGGCUGCCUGCGCGUCUUCCACUUCGACUCCAUGGAGCUGCAGGGCGUGAUGAAGAGCUACUUCGGCGGGCUUCUUUGUGUUUCGUGGAGUCCCGACGGGAAGUAUCUCGCCACGGGGGGCGAGGACGACCUGGUUACCGUGUGGUCGUUCGCAGAGAGCCGCGUGGUCGCCAGAGGUCACGGACACAAGUCGUGGGUCAACGUGGUCGCGUUUGACCCUUUCACGACCUCCCUGGAGGACGAGGAGCCGAUGGAGCUCAGCGGCAGCGAGGAAGACCUCCACCAGGGGGCGCCGAAUAACUCCAUGCACUUUGGCCGGGUGAGAACGAGCAGCACGUUGUCGCGUCUUUCUCGCCACAGCUCUAAAGGAGGCGGCUCGGCGUCCGUCACGUACCGGUUCGGCUCGGUGGGACAGGACACGCAAUUCUGUCUUUGGGACUUGACGGAUGACAUUUUAUACCCUCGCCUGCCGCUGACCCGCGCCUUCACUAACACUUUCGGGCCCUCGCUGUCCAACUCGGGCAGCGUGGCGGUCAACAGCACCUCAGUCGUGGGUGGAGGGACCGGAGGGGUGGAGGGGCACCAUCACCCGCCCAACACUAACACGGGCACCGCCAACCCCCCGACCCUCCCCCUGCCGCUCCCUCGCUCGCUUUCUCGCUCCAACUCUCUGCCCCACCCCGCCGUGGCGAACGCCUCCAAAGGUCAGGGCGCGACAGAGGGCGGCACGGGAGGCGGAGGAGGCGGAGGAGGCGGGAGCAGCAAUGUAGGAAACAGCACGCCGUUUAGCAUCGGCCGCUUCGCCACGCUGUCUCUGCAGGAGCGCAAGUCGGACAAGUCGGGCUCCGGCAGCGGCGUGGAGAAGGAGCACAAGCGGUACCACAGCUUGGGAAACAUCAGCAAGAGCAACGACAAGAUCAACGUGGCGCCGAGGAGCAACCGGCUGGACGCCGCCAAGGUCCUGGGCACCACGCUGUGCCCGCGCAUGCACGAGGUGCCGCUGCUGGAGCCGCUAGUGUGCAAGAAGAUCGCACACGAGCGGCUCACCGUCCUCGUGUUCAUGGACGACUGCAUCAUCACGGCGUGCCAAGAGGGGCUCAUCUGCACCUGGGCGCGGCCGGGGAAGGCGAACCUGACAGCACAGAACGGGAACUCUCCGAGCGGCACGGUGGUAUAGCUGGAGGAGAAGCUUUGCACUCUCCCCUCCCUCCCUCCCUCCCUCUGUCUCCUCCUCCCUCGUCCUUCAUCUUCUCACAGUCCAACAAAGUCUCCAGUGAUCCUCAAACAUGUCGAAUUAGGGGCCAAAAACCUGGAGACCGUCCUCUACCUACCACUUCAGUAUUAUCCCAUCAGUAUAACCCUCUGUACGCCAUGACCCCGAUCACAGCGGACUUUACUCUCAUGGCGGCUCGAUCAGUGGGAAACACUUCCUGAAUUAUUCACAUGUAUAAAUAAAAACAAUACUUCAACAUAUUUAUAACUUUUACAGAGUUAGCUGGACUUAAAUAUGCUUAGAUCUAUUAAAGAUGCUAUCUAGCUAGCAUACUAGCAAUAUGUUAUUCUUUUUUAUGUAUAGGAGCCUGACCAAUAAAAGUAUAACUGGUCAAAGUGAGAGGAUUUUAAUGGGCACCUACCAACCUUUUAGAAACAACUUUGAUGCAACAUCAGAUUUAAAGGCUUUAUCUGUGAUUUUUCACACUUAAAUAGAAAUCAAGUAUCUCCUCUGAAAAUAACUCUGUG